AUGGCCCAAAUAAUGAUGUCCUAUUUGUUCAAAACAAAUUUAUCUGCUUUUCGUUCAGCAAUUUUAAAAGAUGAUACUGAUAAAAUAUGUCGUAUAUUGGAUGUUGAACGUGAUCAUCUCUUUAAAGAUGUUGAUUCAACUGGUAAUUCGGGUCUUCUACUUGCUGUAAUGUAUUCAUCACCGAUCACCGUUCGUCUUCUCCUCUCACAAGGUGCACAUCCCGAUAAAGCAAAUUCGAUAACCUAUGAGACACCUUUAAGUUAUUUGGCACAAUUAAAAUGUGAACCAAAUUCUGCAGAAGAAAAACGUGCGUAUGAAAUAGCACAAUCAUUGAUUGAAGCUGGCGCAUAUGUUGAUAAGCCAACAUUUGAUAAUUAUAUGGAUGAAAAAGGAAGUAUUUAUUUGGGAAAAGAGACACCAUUAAUGAUUGCUGUUAAAAAACAAAAUCUAACUAUAGCUAAAUUACUUUGUGAAAGCGGUGCAAAUAUUAAUUAUGCUGAACGAAAAUCAAAAAUUCGACCGAUACAUAUUGCAGUAACAAAUGGUGAUGAAAAGAUGUUCGAUCUGUUCGAUAAUUGCGGUGCUCAAAUGAAAGAUGUUUUGACCGAGGGUGAUAAUACUCUUUUACAUUGGUUUUGUUACAUUAAAAGUAAUGAAAGCUUAUACAUAUUAAAACGUUUGUUGGAAUUAGGGUGUGAUAUUAAUGCAGAAAAUCAUCAUCAGCGUACACCUUUGAUGUUAGGUGCAAGAAAUGGUCUAGUGGAAACGGUGAGGCUUUUGCUCAAUAAAGGUGCUAAAACAGAUAAAAUUGAUUUUAAAGGUUAUCGUGCUCUGGAUUUUGCUAAAGUCUUCAAUCAAAUGGCUUGUUAUCAUCUAUUGAAAGAUGUUACAGAUCCGUUACCCACAGUCUCAAGCGAAGCUUCAGCUCAAGGACCAUCAGCUAUGAGAAGACGUUUAGGGCCUACACUAUCGAAUCAAGUUCGGUUACAACGAGAUAAUAGUCUUGUUUGGCGGAAAAAGUUACAAUCGAAUGAACAACGUCGUGCAACAAUCGAUAAUCAUCCCUCACCAGCACACUCUACACAAAGUGAUGAUAUGAGCGUAGUCGGCAAUAAUCGAACAAUAGAUGAUGAACGAAAUAACGUUGAUUUACAUCAAUCUGUUGGUAAUAUAAACACGGAUAGUAGUUUUAACAGUUACAAUCAAAAAAUUGAUCAAGGAUACGAUAAAGUAUGGGAAGUGAAUGCACCAACAACGAAAAAAGACGAGGAUGUAUUAAAAAAUAUUAUUCGAUCAUCCCAAAGAAAACUUAUAAUGAAACUAGAUAAACGCACAAAAUCAUUAUACAUGACGUAA